UCUGCAGCCUAAACUGGGUCUCUAAAUACACAGCUACCAUGUCAUCCUGUCUCUCUGCAGCUCUGUUUUAGCAUGUCAGUAUUAUCAUAGUGGAACCGGAUAUCAGCAAGUACCACCAAGCAAUAAAGAUGCCAAAACUGCAUCUCCGCCUUUUCUGCUGCAGGACGACGCUAACUUGCAGUCCAGACCAUGACAAAACUGUUUACACUGGCCUGUUACAGUCACAUUCAAACAUUUCAGUGUGUAUUUUUUAUUUUAAUUUUGCCACUGUAAAAUGAUUUACUGUGAAAACAACUUCUUGCAGUGAAUUUGAAAACCUAAACAUGAUAUUUAGGCCACACUAUGGUUAAUUGGCAUUUUGUUCAUCGAUGAGCUCUUUUCUCUUUGUUUGUGAAGCUUUUAGUUAUUUUGGUUUUGUGUUAUUUUAAUCUAUAGCUCACCUGCUGUUGCUGUUCUCUGUGUUUUAAUUUGUUGCAAAACACUGUUGUUUCCUAGAAUGUGGAUGAAAAUAUGUGAACAAUUUAUAAAGGUUUACACAACGCACAUGCGUGCUCACAUAACAAAUAACUGAAAAGGGACACUAUCAACAUUUAAUGCACUAUUAGCUGUUUCCUAGACAACACAAGUUGCGGUGCAUGAGGCCCUAGUAGAGCGAGCAUGUUAGUCUAGGUCAGCCUGCAUCCUCCUGUAAAAUACUUGAUGAUGGACCAUUGCACACUUGUAAAGGGGCAGCAUAUCCCUCUGUACUUACAUAAUUGGUUGCUGUUGAGGUGAAAAAUACCGCUCUACUAUAUCCAAGCUGUAAACAGUCGUGAUCACUUACCAAAUGUGUACGUGAAGCCGUUCUCUGGCACCAGUCACAGUAUAAUAUCAAAGGCACGAAUCCCGAAUCUGCAAGACCCCACUUUUUCUGGUUAAAAAUGUCAAAGACGACAUCAAAUGGACAAUAAAGUGUUUGCAACUAAAUGGCAACUGUGUGAUUUGCUGUUGAUUUAAGAUUCAUUCAUCAGCACCGGGUUGCGCUUUGGUUCAGAACAUGCAUUGCUGCUUCAUUCUGUUUCUUGACAAGGUCACCUUCCCUGAACCUCCCCUCAGAGAUGUAUACAGUCGCUUUCCAAAUUCUGUUUUGUAGUUGUCCCACAAAACAGCUCAAUUUCUACAUUUGUUGCCAGUAAUAAAUGACUCCUCAGGGCUUGACCUGUUCUCAUAAAACAAUCAUUAGAUGCUCCCUACCCAACUUCUAAUUGUUCAUAAAUGACACAUCUAUUAAAAUAUAAAAACAUGUUAUUAAUUAGACUGUCAUCAGUGAAGUGAUUUAUUGUACAAGGAAAACUUUUUGCAUAAAUAAUAAAUGACCUUUACUGUUGCCUGCUGUGAGAAUGGCUGGGGAUGACAGUGAGUAGGGCUUCAAUGUGCAGUGUUCAUAAUGUCACUGCUACUUUGUUUGAGAGAUCAAGUUGCACUCUAAUUGGAUUUUUUUUUGUGUGCUGCUCUGCAUGCUGUAGUGAAUUUCUGUUUUGUAACUUUGUGUAUUAAUGUACAACAAAGUUAACCACCCACUAUGCUUUGUCUCCGCUGUCAAAAAAGUUUUAGCAUCCUGUAAAUUCACAGUAUCUCCCCUUUCUAAUAGAGAAAUCCUCUCCACCUGCCUUUCCUUUAGCUUUAAAAUUUGUUACCUUCUCUCAAAAGUCAAACCAAGGCCUGAGACAUAUUGUAUAUACCUGCCACUGUGAAGCAAUUAGAGUGUGAAUUCAUGCUCUCCACUGAGGGAGGGGGCUCUUUUCAGCAGUGAGAGGGAUUGUUCAUACUGCCCAGCCCUCCUCAGCUCAGAGCACAGAGUGGGUCUGAGCUUACAGCACAGACACACACUCGGCUGCAGAUAUGAUCCCUGUUGUUUUCAUCGUCCUGAUCCUCCUCACAGGUGGUGCAUUUUCUAAGAAAGUGUGUAGUUACCAGGAUGUUCUGGACCACCUGAACCUGACCACAGAUAACAGUGUGUUUAAACUGACUCGGCCCGUUCUGGACCACACACACCCCACCUUGGUAGGGCUGGACAUUGUCCUCUAUGCCAUCCUGGCUAUGAUUGAGAAAACACAAACUUUCAUUCCUUUUGUCUGGGCAAAAGUGCAGUGGAACGAUGAACGCAUCUCCUGGGACCCCACACAGUUCUGUGGGAUCACUGGGGUUUCAGUUCCUAGAGACAUGCUCUGGAAACCGGACCUCUUCAUCUUUGAGAUGGUACAAAAAGAUGAAUCCCCUCUAUGUCCCUACAUAUACAUGUCCUUUAAUGGGAUGGUCACUGAUGAACAGGGCAUUAGGGUGGUCAGCACCUGUAAUAUGAACGUCCACAAGUUCCCCUUUGAUACGCAGAGAUGCAACAUCUCCUUCAGUUCUGCAAUACAUACUGUUGAUCAAGUUCGCCUCUUUCCUUCCUCCAACUCGUCUCGGGCCACAGAGUUUUCCCAAGAGAUCAUGAAGACUCAGGGAGAGUGGGACUUCCUCCAGCUGUCUGUCACCAACAGCAGUCUCACCAUCGACAAAGAACAGUGGGACAUGAUCAUAUACACUUUCACCAUGAAGAGGAGGCCCCUCCUCUAUGUCAUCAACUUCUUGUUGCCCAUCCUGUUCUUCCUGUGUCUGGAUCUUUCCUCCUUCUUCAUCUCAGAUGAGCGAGGAGAGAAACUGGGCUUCAAGGUCACCGUGAUGCUAGCCAUAUCUGUCCUGCUGCUCAUCCUGAAUGACAUUCUGCCUUCCAUGUCCAACAAGACUCCACUCAUAGGGACCUACUGCAUUGUCAUAUUUGCUCUGAUGCUGCUCAGUCUGAUUGAGACUAUCUUGGUUACAUAUCUAAUGGAAGCAGAGUCUGCCUCUCAGGAGAAGCUGAAGUUUAAGGACGACUGUGAAGACAAAGGGGAAAAAGUCAGAACUGAUAACUGUAGUGCAGAGGAGAAAAGAGAGACCGAUUGCUCCUGCAUCAUCUGCAAAGUGUCUAGCAGGCAGGAGCUGCUGCCUGCUGCUGAGGAGGUUAACCACAGCAUUCAGUGUGAAGAGUCACAUGUGUUGCUGCUGAUCCUGGAGGAGCUGAAGGAGCUGCAGAAAACCCUGAAUCUGCACCUCGGCUGCAGAGAGGAAAGAGGGAAGUUUGCUCAGUGGGCUACAAUUAUCAACAGAGUAUUCUUCAUUUUCUAUGUCACCACUGUGUCACUGUUUCUCCCUCUCAUAUACAAUGAAUGGAUCAAUUAACAAUGUGCAAUAAUACUUCAUUUUCAGUGUUCUAAGCCCUGUGUGUCAUAUUAAGAUUUGGUAAUGUAUCAGAGUGAGUAGAUCACUUCUGUAGGCUAAUUAAUAAAUAAUAAGGCUUCACUUUGUUUUUAAAAGGCUUUACUGUAGAUCAACCCACAGAUUAAUCAAUAGUUGCACUAAUGAAACAGCAAAAAAAAAAAAAAAAAAAAAAAAAGGGAAGGUGCAACCAUAUCUGGUGGUUUUUGUUGGAGAAGAUUAAUAUACUUUGAUGUGGGCAUGAGCACUUCCAAAAUCAAUGACACACACACACACACACACACUGACUGACCUCACACACACAUACUCUUUUCACACAGUAAUUGUUCACAUUGUCUCUUCAUUCAGACAAAUGGAUCAUUCUCUUCCGUCCUGUUCUGUCUUCUUUCACCUCACAGCUCAUCCGCCCCUCAGACUUUACACCAAUCACAUCCAUCCUCACCGUCCUGAUAUCCUCUGUGUUAUACGUAAUAUUGCUGUCAAAGAGGCCAGUCGUUUGCUUUCGACUGGUGCUAUUGCAGUUGGACUGUGCAUGAGUCCCCUACUUUAUUCGGAAUGAAAUAUCUUAACUGCUAAAUAGACUGUCACAUAUUCAUGUUCCUUGACUUUUCAUCUAGCUCUUUAUCAGGUCAAAUGUUCAGUUUAUCUAAAAUUUUGGUUUAUAACUUAAGCUAUACUUUGUGUUUAGCUAAUUAACUAAUGUUAGCCUGCUAAUGCACUAAACUAAGAUGGUAAUCAGGAUAAACAUUAUACCUCUUAAACAAUACGUUCUGUCAUUGUGAAUGUUUUAGCAUGCUGACCCAACAUGGAGUGUCUUUGUAAGGUGCUGGGCCACCACGUGCCACCAGAACAGCUUCAGUGCACCUUGGCAUUGACUCUCAUGGACCAGUGAACAAAAUUUUCCCAACUAACCGUCAACAUUUUGUAUUUUGUUAAGCAUGAACCUUUCUUCUUACAAUGAAAUGCAAGUAAUAUUUUAAAAUGGUCUGACAAAUCACUACCUACAGUAAAAACAUCCUAAAAACUAAAUAAUUCUUUGUGUGCCAUCAUCAUACAGUGCAUGCUUUCCUGCAUGUGUUGACCGUUUGAACUGUUAAAACAAUUAAACAUUUCCAGCAAAUUAAUCAGCAGUCCAUCACUUUUAUUUUGUCAAACCUAAAUUUGAUUUCAGCUGCUUCCUCCAACGGUGUCUUUGUGUUGCCACAAGAGGGGGUGAUCUGCAUUUUGCAUUUUCCCGGAAAAAACCCACGCAGGCACAGGGCGAACAUGCAAACUCCAUACAGAAAGGCAACGGGUUGGCUGGGGCUCAAACCCAGGAGAUUUUUUGCUGUGAGGUGACUGCGCAAACCACUGCUGCACCAUGCCACCCUUGUCUUUCUAAAUAACAUGUGGUCACAUGAUUAGUGUGGACA